AUCAUAGCGCUACUGUGAGAGUAUAGCAUUAUCGAUUUCUCCCUAGCAUUGCUUUCAUUAUGCAGACAGUCAGCUACAUGGUAUAGACAUAGGUGGAAUACAUGAAUACUAAUUUCUGGCCCAGAGUCAAAAUUUACACCUAAACGAUGGAGUGACCAGUGUGGACGUUGGAGUGACUGGUGCCGUGGAGUCCGCAGGUUGGUCGCCUAUUCCAUAACCAAGGGCACCAAGGGACGCACCAGCUAAAGGCCCAUCUCGUCCCUGUAUAUCCUAUCAGUGGCUCGUCUCGCCUCGUUUUCCAAAGGGUAAAGGACUGACGUGUUGCUUCUCAGCUUCUGAACAUUAAAAUCUGGAAAGUCACCAUGGCUCUUUAUUAUAAUUGCAUUUUCGUGAGGAAAAAGACAUUUGGAAUCGUAAGCUUUUCGGGAAUAUAGCGCGCUUCUACACUAACAAAAUGUGAUGUGAAGUAAUUUAGGAAGAGACGUCAUCACGCCGAAUGAAGAUGGCGGACACGUCGAGUGUGUGCAGUGACCUUGACAGCGGGAUCGGGUCAUGUAGCCCGACCAGCACGGGUCCGGGCACUGCAUACAUUCCAGAACACAAGUCGGUACAGACAUUCCGCAACACAGAGGAUUACCUCUACGCCAUGAAAGAGGAUUUAGCAGAAUGGCUGAAUUGUUUGUACAAUUUGGAGAUCACUGUUGACACGUUCUUCAAGAGUUUGGACACAGGGGUACUACUUUGCGAGCAUGCGGCACACGUGCAAGACAUGGCGGAGGAAUACAGAGAUGAGAGUGGCGAAGAAUCUCUAGAUCGCAUGUAUGAUGACUUCGGCCAAGGGGGAUUAUUAUCUCGUAACAGUGAUCUCAGAAAAAAGAUGAAAAUCCCGGACAAGGGUCCAGUUUAUAAAAAGAUCGCCAAACCUGGGACUUUCCUGGCGAGGGAUAAUAUAGCAAACUUUAUUGCCUGGUGUCGAGCGCUUGGAAUACCCGAUGUUCUUUUGUUUGAAACAGAGGACCUGGUGUCAAGGAAAAAUGAAAAGAGUGUAGUACUUUGUUUGUUGGAGGUUGCCAGGCAGGGGUCCAAAUUCGGUAUGCUGGUUCCAUGUCUGAUUCAGCUCGAACAGGAGAUUGACGCUGAGAUUCGGGGCGAACCUCCACCACCCCCGCCACCCAUGAAGCCAAAGGAACCUGAAGUAUAUGUACAAAAGAAAACCUGUGAUAUGAGGUCUCUGGAUGAAAUGGUGCGCGAUUUGGUCAGCCAGUGUACGUGCCACAUCCAGUUUCCCGUCGUCCGUCUCGGUGAAGGCAAGUACAUGGUGGGAGAGAAAGAGACGCUGAUAUUUGUCAGGAUUCUCCGCAACCAUGUUAUGGUCCGUGUCGGUGGUGGCUGGGAUACAUUCGGAAACUACCUCAACAAACACGAUCCUUGCAGGGAAUGUAAAAAUCAACGAAUCGUAGGUAAAUCCAAUACAACAACAGCUACUCCCCCUCAGUUUUCCAACAAAAGAAGAGGAAGCGCUCCGCCACAGUCUCUCAGCGUAUUCAAGCCCAAGGAAUCGCCAAGAAACCCGGAGGUCUCUUCCACUCGCCUCAGGAAGCUGAGUCAAAGUUCCGAAGAUAUCCUUUCUGAUGAUUCGGAAUCAUCAACACCUAGAAGCAGAUCUGGAACACUAAAACGUGAAAACAGCAUUGACGGUUUUAAAUCUCCACGACGAACGUCAUCUUUUAGGAAACCGACCAGUUCUAAAUCUUCAGAUCAAAUCUGCAACGGUCGUGUUACGCCGACGCCGUCCUUGGGUAUUCCGCAUAGAUCAAGUCGAGAAUCAUCUGUGCCAACAGGUCCCGCCGCAAGAAGGCGCCUGUCUAUGGACACUGUCGCUAAAUCUACGCCAUCUUCUGUAAGUGCAGACUCCUCUCCUGCUAUGACUAGGAAACAAAGGUCUGGGUCAACAACGGAAUUAAGUGAAAAUUAUAGUAAUUUGCAAAGUAAGACUGAUCAGCUUCAGAGUAGGCUUCGUGAGUUAGAUCGUAAAGACACACGGGAACGCCGUGCUAAUACACCAACGACUUCGAAAUCAUUAGAAUUCUCCAGGUAUCAACCAAGGAGUACUACGCCUGGUCCUGAGACUCCUAGACAACGCAAAAUCAGUGGCGGAGACAUGUCCACGCGAAUGCAGAGACGUCCCACUACCCCAUCAAGGGAGAUGUUCCACAGAGAACGAUCAGUUACUCCUGGGCCAGAGGCUGUACCGGAGUCGAGGAUUGCGAAGAGGUCUACCACACCAGGGCCAGAAUCCAGACGCUCCACCACUCCAGGGCCAGAGGGCAGGAGGUGUACCACUCCAGGGCCUGAGAGCAGGAGAUGUACCACUCCAGGGCCUGAGAGUAGGCGAUGCACAACUCCAGGUCCAGAAAGUCGUCAUACAAAAAUUGAACGCAGACCAACAACACCUCAACCUCAGCGCCGUAAGAUCUCAGAACCUUCCACGAAUAAUCGUGCUGCAUUAUCACAGCCUGGCACACCUGUGACACAACGCCGAGCUCAACCCAUGACCUCACAGGACAAAAAUAAGUUAUCGCGAUCAGGCUCAUUCAGAACUGGUAAAGAGUUACGCAGUAAUAGUAUUACCAAUGGUAUAUCGCGGGGAUCAAGCAGGCGAGGUGAGACCCCUGAAUCCCAGUCUUCAGAUAUUCGGCAUCGGACUGGUAGUUUGAACAAUAUUGAUUGUGGUAAGUUAAGUGUAAAUUAUGAUGAAAUCGAGGAUAUCGGAGGUAAUGAACAGUUGUAUUUGGAAAUGGAGAAACUUUUCGUGGAAUACAAGGAGUCAGAGCAGGCGAAGUCUGCCAUUGAGGAUGAACUUGAUCGAAGAAUCCGUGACAAGAUUAAACCAGACGUUGAGAAAUAUAAAGAAAAACAGGCCCAACGAGAGAAAGAUUGUGAAAGAAAGAGAGAUCGGACGAACUCUUUAAAUCAGUCUUUGCCUGUUGGAAGCCUGAGAUCUGAACAUCGAAGGGCUUCAACAAAUUCUGUGACAAAUAAUACUGAGGUGCCAAAAAACGGACUGCGCUCCUCUUCAGUAGUAAACUCCCAGUGCCAAAUCUCAAAUUCUAAACUUUCUAAAACGGCUUCUAAACCUUUAGAACCGCGGCAAAAAGCACCAACAGGGAAUAAUCCUAGCACUGCAGUUGUGCCACCAUUCUCUUACAGUGAAACUAGUAAGAAAGAGAAUGAGAGCAGUGAGGAUAACUUAAAGCAACAACCUACUGAAGAGGAGCAUGAUCCUGAAACUCGAAUGAUAAAGACUCGUAAUGAUAUUGAAAAGGAACUUGAACAGAGGAUUCGGGCAAAAAUCCAGGAGAGUCGAAGGACUCCAGAACGAGAGGGUCGAUCGAAAACGCCUGGUAAACCGUCAGAAAGAGGACGAACGCCGGAUCGUGGCCGUCCUCCUGACAAGGGUAAGACUCCUGAACGUGGAAGAACACCAGUAAGAGGCGUGACCCCAGAAAGAGGUAGGACAACCGAUAGGGUUAAUGCCAGCACUCCACAGAGGGGCCAGACACCAGACAGGGUCAAGGCCUCAGAGCGUGGCAGGACACAUGAGAAAAGUGUGGCUAGUGAGCGCGGCAGAACUCCUGAUCGAUCUAGUGCAUCACAGCGUGGGAGAACACAAGACAGAGGUCCAGGCACGGAGCAGAGCAGGCCACCAAGCAGGGGCGUAACACCAGACAGAACGACCAGAUCAAAAACCCCUGACCCUGCUCCAGCAAGGUGCAGGACACCAGACCCUGUCAUCACACGAUCAAAAACUCCUGAUCCGAUAGCACGACAACGGCGAUGCCAGACCCCGGAUCCAUUCACUCGAUCUCGUAAAACAGACACUGAAAGAUCUCGUCCACAAGUGCGAUCAAGGACACCCGAUCCGUCGUCCGCCCGCAAGUGGUUGAACAGCACCGGUAGCGUAGAUUCCAGUGACCGACAGUCCUCUGGCACGGACUCUAAUGUAAAUCUCUACGCUUCUAUUGAUAGUUUGGCAAAUUUUAGUGACUCUUUGGACCCUUUCCGAUACGGGAGCAUGGAAAACAUUGCAAAGCCAAGGAAAGACGAUAGGGACGGUAUGCCUACAAAGAUACCUGGCCCAAUGACAAUGCAUAAGUCGGCCACGUGUAGCGACUUCAGCCGGAGCGGAUCUCAGAUCAGUUUAGACUCAUUUGAGGAUGAUGAGGUCGGUUCCAUCACAAAGAACGCUGAGUAUUUCCGGAAGCAUCGACCUUCAGCCCCUGAUGUGUUGAAAUUAAGGAUGCAGUCCCCGUUAAUCACCGCUCGGUCAACAAUAGUCAACAAGAAAUUGCCGUCACCAACUAAAGAGAAGAAAUCGGAUGGCAUCAAGGCUAUGACGGCUAUUCAUUUUGUGUGAGGUGUGUGCCAAUGUAAUUGCAAACUCGAAUGAUAGCCACGACAGUUCGUUGCUGUUUUCACGAAGCGACCUGAAUCAACGAAAUCUUUAUUUGAGAUAUUACCAUAUACACAUGUACUUGUUUCCUUCUUUUGGUCAGCGUUUCUAAAUGUCCGAGAUCCUCAAUGUCACUGUGUUGACCUUGCACGAAUAAUUCAAGGAAAGGUCUGAACCACUGGCGUCAACAUACAUGUGAUGUGCCUUCAAUAUGCUUCAGAUUCCGUGUUGGCAAGGUUGUUAUAAUGAAUGGCUUAUUGUGAGUUCGUGUUUAGAAAAGAUAUGGGGGAAGUAAUAGAUACUUUGGGGCCAAUUAAAUCGUUUCCAGAUCCAGAUAACAUCAUUUUCUAAUGUGCGGACCAUCAGCAAACCAAUUACAUAUUAUUCAAGUUACGCAUUUACUGUAUCUUCCAAACGAUAGUAUUGCUCAGAGUAGGAACAUUGUAUAUGAACCAUUAGCAUUGUUACAAGGAGUGCAGAAAAAGAGCAUGUUAUGCUAAAACUGGCGAAUAUAGCUUUAGUAAACGUAAAGUCACUCGUCUUCUGUAAUGUCUAUUCCAUUAGUGUAAAAUCUUCUCACCCUUGAACAUCUAUACUCCUUCGAUGUCAUGUGUGCGAGUUGCAACAUGCAUGUAUCAAAUAAUUUUGCGUAUAGCCAAAGCUGUGACGGCGAGUGAUAUGCAGUUUUUCCAGCCGAAGGCCGCGGUUGAUUAUUUGGAGACGAGAAGGUUUUAGCUAAGGUAAUACUGUUGUGCUAAAUCGUGGAGUUCUAAAUUCGGUAUGCAUGUGACACAAAACUGUGAAAAGCUUCAAAAUUGAAAUGAAAUGUCGUUAAAAAACGUUAGGAUUAUCGCAUUGGAUAGGUCGAUUCAGUGUAGCGCCCUUAUUUCGACCAUGUUCCGUUUAAUUGAUGCAUGGGCAUUCUCAUCUAAUUGUCUCAUCUGUAUUUUUCGUUGGAUUUAGAAACAAUAAUAUGUAAUUCAUUCACCAGGGAGAGACAUCUAGAAUCUCAUUUCAUUUGUGUAAGGUCAGUGGCAUACAUUUAUAUUGAGGCGUGUUCUUGCCUAAAAAUCAGCCGACCUUUAUUAAAUGAAAUGUCUAGUAGACCUAAAACCGUACUGAGUUGAUACCUGAACAACACUUUUUGGCUGAAACGUUUCGUAUGUCCUUUCGAACGCCUUGCCUCAAAAACGAAAAAAAUCAGAAGAACUUUUGACAGUUUCUGCAAAGCAGGUGGUUUGGUUUGGUUUUGAAUCGUGUAAAUACUAGUUCUGCAUUCUGGUACCGAGUCUUGGGUCGAGCCACAACCUUAGGAAGUUGCUAGAUAUACUAGUUUUGUAUAUAUGCUUUGGUUGAGUAGUUGGUAGAGUUGUGCCGAGUGUUCCGUCAUCAUAAGCAUUUCCCAUGGUCCGUUUGUGAUCACGUGAUCCUGACGUCAUGAAAAUUCAUUACCUCAUCCAGUGUUGUAGAUGUUAAGAUUUCAUGUCCAACGCCAGUUCCGUUCUGGGACUUAGCUUUUGUUCAGACUUCUUUUUGCGCGGCCACACAAUGCCUCAGUAGUUCAUCCAACCGGUAAUCUUGUCGAAUACGAUGAUCAGCAUUCCUUUCGCUGAUAUGUGUUGUUUAAAGAUGGUUUCACAAAAGAACUCGAAAGUCUCAUUCAUUGAUAACCAUGAAGGUAGACCCAAAUUAUACAUCAGAACACAGGCAUGUACAUUAAGUUACUCGCGCAAUGCGAUGAGGCAUAACAAUCAUUUGAUUGGCUGUGAUAUAAUUUAAAAAUCAUUAUUAUGAAUAAUAAAGCAUUUCGAUGUAUGGAA